AUGCUCUCGGCGCCACCUACUGAGCUGUUGAGAGGAUUGGAAGGUUAUCGGCGGCAAGUAGUGAGAGGCUUCAAAGUUAUGGCGAAACCGAAGAAGCAUUGGGAAGUUGAUUUCUCCCAGUGGACUAAGGAGCGUGCAACAAGACUGAGGAAGAAGCAAGAACGGCUCUCCCAAGAAGCUAACGCGUAUGAUACCAUCAGGAUGUGCUAUAGACGAGGUUUGGAAAAGUUGGUAUAUAACGGGGAGAUUAGUAAGGACACAGCGAGCCGAUGGGCUAAGAUAGAUGCUCAGCUCGUGGAGUUGCAGUCGAGGCCUCGACAGUUGAUGUUACACGAUGCUCGGCAAAGGAUGUUCCAACACUAUAUAAGGGAGCACUUCCCGAAGAAGCCUCUUGAGAAGGAGUCUGAGGGGGACUAA